CUCCGCGUCGCUGGGCAACGGCCCGUCAACAAGAUGGCGGCGCUCCGCCCCUCCAGCGGCGCCUGAGCAGCGCCCGUUCCCCGGACAGGCGCGGCGAUGCCGCGGUCGCCGUCGCCGCGGUCGCCGUCGCCGCUGUCGUCGCAGCCCAGCGUGCAGUCGCAGAGCAGCCAGUCGUGGCGGGACACGAGCCGCCCCUCCCUGGAGGACCGGAUGGCGCUGACGCGGUCCUGGGUGGCGGCGCCCUCCGUCACCUUCUCGCUCUUCCACGCCGACCCGGACCAGCGUCUCCCGCGGGGGGAGGAGGAGCAGCCGCAGGAGGAGGAGGAGGAGGAGGAGGAGUCCACCGAGUCGGAGCCCGAGCCGGAGCCCAUGGAGGAGGAGGUGUUUGAUGGCGUGUUGCGUGAAAAUGCAGUUGCCGCAGCCCUCCACACGUUGGGGCGUUCUGCCUCUGGCACGGAGUGUGUCUACCUUCAUCUGUCGCUUUCGGAUCACCUUUUGACCGACAUCAGAAUUCUGGACAAAUACAUCUACCUUGAGAAGCUCAAUCUCUCCAAUAAUAAAAUCCGUGAUCUCUCCUGCGUCAGUCGCAUGCCUUACCUGUUGGAACUGGACGUCUCCCAUAAUGAACUAACCACCUAUUUUGACUUCAAACCACCCAGAAAUCUCCAGGUGGCUAAUUUUUCCUACAACGACAUUCCAGAAAUGCAAGACCUUUCCAAUUACCAGUCCCUGAAAAAGCUCAUACUGGACAAUAACAACAUCACGGAGAUACAAGGUCUGGAGAAAUGCCACAACCUGACCUACCUGAGCUUGGCAAAUAACAAAAUCAAAGCAAUUACCGGCUUGAAAAAAUUGCCCAUCAAAACUCUCUGCCUGAAAUCGAACCAGAUCGUGAAGGCGGUGGGCCUGGAAGGCCUCAAGGUGCUACAGGUGCUGGACUUGUCCGACAACCAGAUCAGCAGCUUGGAGGGUCUGGAAGAGCACAACCUCCUGGAGAACAUCAACCUGGAAAAUAACCAGGUGUCUGAACUGAGUGAGCUGGAAUAUAUUGAAUCUCUGCCUCUGCUGAGAGUGUUCAAUCUGUUGAAGAAUCCCGUUCAGGAACUAGAAGAUUAUUGGCUCCUGGUGAUUUUUAUGCUGCUCCGUCUGACCGAACUGGAUCACCAGAAGAUCUCCGUGGAGGAAAAGGUUGCCGCCUUGAACAAGUACGACCCGCCUCAGGAAGUGGUGGCCGCUCAGGACCACAUGAGCCACGUCAUGUACAGCAUGAUGCAACCUCAGCACGUCUUCAACAGCACCUUGCCCAGCCUUGAUGCCCCCUACCCCAUGCUGGUCUUGACUGGACCUUUGGCCUGUUGGAAGCGAGAGCUGUGUCACAGGCUCUGUCGGAAGUUCAACAACUAUUUCAGAUACAGCCCCUGUCACACCACGAGGAGCCCUUAUUUCGGAGAAGAGAACCGACUAGAUUACUACUACGUAUCCCAGGAGGAAUUUGACAAGAUGGUGAAUACGGGGAAGUUUAUAGUCACUUUCAAAUACAGCGGCUUCCACUACGGGCUGAGCCGAGAGGUCCUUGAAAACAUUGCUAGGGAGGGCCUGGCCACCUGCGUCCAUUUAGAAAUAGAGGGAGUCCGAAGUUUGAAGAAUUCCUACUUCCAGCCACGAUACAUCCUACUGAUCCCAGUGAACAAGGAGAAAUACGGGGGUCACCUCCGAAGGAUGGGCUUGUUCAGCAGACCGGAGAUCGAGGAAGCCGUCCGGAGGGUGGACAUGUACACCCGAAUGAACCAGGAUUUCCCCGGCUUUUUCGAUGCCGCCAUCAACGUAGAUGACUAUGAUGAGGCCUUCUCCAAACUUAGCGCUAUCCUGGAGGAGUUCCUUGGGCUGGUGCCAUCGUCCGAAUCCAAAGCCACGGUUCCUGCGGUGGGCAGCAAAGACCCUUCAGCUCCCAAGAAGGAGUCGACUGCAACUCUGAAAGUCAGCAACGUCAGAGGGACCGAUGGUGUUGCACCAUCCCCUACUCCCAAUGAAUUUAUGGAUUCUUCAGCCAAAAACUACUCGGCCAAAAUAUCGGCUCAACUUUCGGCACAGAAGACCCCGGUGGAAGAGGCGUCGCUCCAGCGCAGACAACAGCUGGCCAAGCAGGGCCUGAUGGGCAAAACCAUCUCCUCCUACGCCCAGCUGUUCGAGAGGGAUGCCCUCCGAGUUGCAGACCCCAGCGUGCAUAGCCAGUUUUUAGAGCCCCCAUCUUUCACCUACGCGGGGUCCUUUAGACGUUCCAUGAGCCCCGUCCCACCCACCACUACUGACCAAAGAUACAGGGAAUCGGAUCAACCAGCCAAGAAAUCCCUCCCUGAUCCGGGAUCACUCCUGUCUCCCAGCAUAUCUUCCACCCGUCCCUCCAGGACCAUCCUUGCAGAAGUCACGGAUGAAAAAAGGAGCCGGCAAGAGGCCGACCGUCCCACGGACAGCAAGGAGAAGAAGACCCCCAAGCACAAAGCCCCUUCCCCACACCUCACCACCACGGUCCCCGUCCGCCCCGGGUCCAACACCAAGCCGGUCCUUCCUCCCAUCCCGUCCGGUCGGAAGAAGCCCAAAGCGGCCACCGUGGACAGCUACGCCUCGGUCAUGUGGUUGAAGCCCUAGCCUUGGAGCCCCGCCCCCCCCAACGCCUUUUACUCCCAAGUAGCACUUAGGGGGUCCCGACUCUGCUUCUCACCCCCCCCCCCGAGGGAGAUCCUGCUGGAGCCAGCCCAAGAAAACUUCCAUUUUUUAUUUUUAUUUUUAAAGACUUGUUUCGUGACACAAUGCGGAUCCGCAACGAUUUCUCGGCGGGUGUUUGUAUGUAGGUCUUUGGUUAUUCAGGUUUUCUCCCGCGUAGAAUUGGAAGUGUCUUGGCGACGUUUCGACAAAGUCCCAUUCGU